ACAGGUCUUGUGCAUUGUGAACUUUUAUGUUUAUCAAUGUAGUGUUGCUAUGGUGAUUGUGAACUUUGUUGCUAGUGGUGAUGUUUACCCCGUGGUCAACGUGUAUUUGGGAUCAGGCCCCGCGUCCCACGCUCCCUGCUGGCAGGAUGAUUGGAUAGUAACGAUGGUAGUGGGAGGUGGAGAUACCAAAGCUGUCAGCAUGGCGAUGAUCUGCGGCAGUAUGGGUGGAUACGACAUGAUGGUACCAGCUACGGACAGCAGAGGAUUGUCGACCAUGAAAUGAUGCUAGAGACAGAGUUCUUAACGAUGGCCAACACCAGUCUGGGGGAGACCUGGUCGGCUCGUAUCCGGGGAAACCCUGUCCAACGACCAAUUCUGACUUCCCUCAUCGUCUACCUCUUCAACGAGGGGAAAGGAGAGAUGGCUUACAGAACCUCCGGAGGUCAAAGGUCACUGGAAGAGGUCUAUGGCCACACCCCCGAGUUCCGUCAGUUCAGACUGUACCUACCGAGGAAGACGGUUGCAGACGAGGCCCACCACAGCUACCUCGCUGCCCGCGUGGCCUCACCCACUCACCUGGACUCAUUCUUCAAGUCGGUAAUGGUGGUGGAAGAAGGGCCUAGAACGUGGCCACCUCUACCCUCCCUCCCUGGGGAAAUCACCCCUGACGACGGGGGCCCCCUCAAACCAAACCUCGUUGCCUACCAGUAGGUGACAACGACGGUUCCGUUUGAGCUGGACAUCGUCAUGGAGACGGGGUUGUUUAGCACGGUGAUGAGUGUGAGUGGUGAGAGGUUGAGCAGUGCGCUGGAGAAGAAGGAGAAGAACUUUGACCUCCGAUUCGAGGACACCUUCCACCUCAAAGAGAAGGGGUUGAAUGAGUCUGAGAUAGACUGUGCCAGAGCGCUUCUAGCAAUCUGA